ACUCCGAACCAAACACACGCAUCCAGCCUCAGUUGGCGCUUCACUGCUGAGCGCGGCGGAAACACCGAGCACUUCCGGUCAGAUAAAACAAUAACCUGCUUAUUAUUUGUGAGAUUUAUUUAUUUUUUUAAAAAUUAAAAAAAAACAACAAAAAAACAAACGCUGUUCGCUCUGUCUCACAUUUCCGAUCCGAUCUGAUCUGCGCGCGCGUGCGGGUGUGUGUACCUGUGUGUGUGUGUGUGUGUGUGUGUGUGUGUGAGCAUGUCCGGGACCGGAGAACCGAACGGAGAUGAGCGCGAGCGGCCCGGGCCGUGUUUCGGUCGGAUGCGCGAGGAGGAGGAAGAGGAGGAAGAGGAAGAGAAGAUGAAGGCGCUUAAGCCGACCUGUCCGGGUGAUGAGGCGCGCGGAGGAACCGGCGUUGCCAUGGAAACUGCAUCCUCAGACUCUGUGUCUGAUCUUUUCCUGAACGCUUCCUCCGAGCGGAGUGACCUCUACACCUCCCUCCUCUCCUCCAACUCCUCCUCCUCAAACCCGUUCAGCACUAGCGUUCCUCUCUUCUCCUCCGAGGAUGAUCGUUCUCCUCUCGCUCCUCUGGGGAGCGACUCUGGGAUUGGGAUGACCCCUGGUGACCCCUGCGACCUCCACACCCAAAAAAACGAGCCCUACAACUACAUGGAUAUGAGCGACGACCUUUGUGACCUCAGUAACCGUAGCAGUACUGGGGCAAAAAAGCAGCCAAUAAGGAGCCGCAUGGAUGAUGAUGAUGAUGAUGAAGAUAAGGAUGAAAAAGGAUCCAUGGAUUUUAAGGCGAGGAUGGAGAAGGAGGUGUUCGAUUUGGGAAGCUACCUGGAGAAGAAUCCUGAAAACCUGGCAGUGAAGGGAGACUUGGGAAACACCUUUCCGUACGUGGAGGACCAAUCAGAUGACGAGUUACUGGAGGACAGGCCACGCCUUGGCAGUCCAGUGAAGAUCACUGUGACAAUGGAUUCCUGUAUCCUAGCAACCGAGCAAGCAAGAGGUGGACUGUCUGAGAGGGAAAGCGUGCUGAGUUUGGGAAAAGAAGGCGUUCCCACGGUAACGCUGUCCGAACCAGAGGAUGACAGCGCUGCUUCAUCUGUCAAUCAUUCCCCUAGCCACUCCCCUACAGGAAGAGAGUCGCCCUCAGACAUCUUGUUCCAGCCCGUAGGGAUGAAGUGCGUGAACAACAGCGCCCUCUACCAGGCCACCAAGGGCCCUGUGAAGGCCUCGGCACGAUUUGGGACGCGGGACAGCGGAGAAUCCGGAGACUCCGAAAUCGAACCUGAUUCCCCAAGACGUGAAAAGCAUUCCAGCGUCAAAGACAGACCUGGCAACCCGUUUGAGCCGACAGUUGCAGGUGUGGAGGUGAAUCGAGGCAACAAGGGAAGAUCUGAGGUUUCCGUGAACAUGAAGAAGGAAUCUGUGCAACAUGGCAACCCUCCGCUUUACAGCCUGCUGCGUGAGGAGAGGGAGGCGGAGCUAGACAGCGACCUGCUCAUCGAGUCAGCUUCUGAGGAGAGCCCGAAGAGGGAGCAGGUAGUGAAGUGCACCCUGAAACCGAGCUCCCCUCCGAGCUCACCUCCACCUGUGAGCAGCGCUGUCUCACCGCCUCUGAAAGUGAAAGAACAGGAAGUAAAGGAAGAAAAGAAGGAAAAGCCCAGCGCAGCACCGAGAGAGGAAUCCAACACUCAGCCACAACAACAGGAAGAUAAAGUGUUCACUAAAGCCAAGCCUGAAGUGAUGGUGUCUUUUGAACAGCGGCCUCUAGAGGACGGAGGCAGUAAAAGCACGGUGAUGAGUACUGAAGCAAAAAAGGAUCCUAAAGAGGCGGAGCUGCUGCUCUUCCUGCACAACUUCAACAAACAGAAAGUGGUGGACCUGCUGCACUGGCGGGACAUGAGACAGACGGCCGUGUUGUUCAGCAGCGUGUUGUUGCUGCUCUUCUCUCUGACUCAGUUCAGCGUGGUGAGUGUGACGGCGUACCUCGCCCUCGCCGCGCUCUCCACCACCAUCAGCUUCAGAGUGUACAAGUCCGUGCUGCAGGCCGUGCAGAAGACCGACGAUGGACAUCCCUUCAAGGCGUAUCUGGAGAAGGAGAUCUCCCUCUCUCCCGAGCAGAUCAGUAAGUACGUGGAGAAAGUGCAGCUCUAUGUGAAUCACACGCUGAAGGAGCUGCGCAGGCUUUUCCUCGUCCAGGACCUCGUCGACUCGUUAAAGUUCGCAGUGUUGAUGUGGUUGCUGACGUACGUCGGCGCUCUGUUUAACGGCCUCACUCUGCUCAUUCUGGCUGUGGUGUGUGUGUUCACCGUGCCGCUGGUGUACGAGAAAUAUCAGAAACAGAUAGAUCAGUAUCUGGGACUUGUGAGAACGCAGGUGAACUCUGUAAUGACAAAGUUGAGAGAGAAGGUUCCUGGAGCCAAGAGGAAGGAUGAAUAAAAUCCCUCCAUCCAAAUCCACUAAACACUGCAAAGCCAGUAACGAUCGCAGCAAUGCUGCGUCCCAAUCCUGUUUUUAACACGCCCUCGUUGACUUCCACUUCCAAGGCACGGUGAUCAAAUGGACAUGGCCGCAGCGUUCAGGAGCACAAAUUACCCAGAAUGCACUGCUCCAUGAAUCGUAGGCACUGAGGUUUGGGUGGGUUUUUAAUCUGAUGGAACAAACUAGCGAGUUCGCAUGUAGUGUGUAGAUCUCGGAGAGGAAAUCAUUUGCACUACGCCGUUCCUGCUGAGAGUGCACACUCCUCCGUGUGAUACGCACUUCAUGCGCACUUCUAAGGGGGAGUCAACGAGGGCGUAUUAAAGAGGAGCCCGAGUCAGCAGGCGUGUGCCGAUAACAAAUCACGAUUAUUACCUGACACCGUAUCAGGGUUUAUGGUAACAAAAUAUGAUCACAUGAUUAGCUCUAGCUGUUCCGAUUGGAUUCGAGAACCUUGGCGGCGUCUCAAACAACGCGUCAGGGAUAAUCGUGAUACGGUUCGUGGUGAUUAUCGACACAUGCCUUAAAAAAAAAACAAACAAACAAGUCACGUUAAAAAUUAGCUUAGUUGAAUUA